AUGAGCGACACCAUAAUCUUUUUGCAGGAUGUGGACGACAGCUCAGGGGAAGGAAAUGAUUUUGGGGAUGAUGAUCUGGGACCUGUCCGCUCAGACAGUGAAGGCAGCGAUUACACCCCUGGAAAGAAGAAGAAAAAGAAGCUAACUCAGAAGAAAGAGAAGAAACCGAAGGUGAAACCACGUGAAGAGGAGGAAGACGACGACGAUGAUUCCAAGUCCAAGGAACCAAAGACUUCAGCACAGCUCUUGGAAGACUGGGGCAUGGAGGACAUUGACCACAUGUUCACAGAGGACGAUUACAGGACGUUAACCAACUACAAGGCUUUCAGUCAGUUUGUUAGGCCUCUAAUUGCUGCAAAGAACCCUAAAAUUGCUGUUUCUAAGAUGAUGAUGGUUCUCGGAGCCAAGUGGAGGGAGUUCAGCACCAACAAUCCCUUGAAGGGCAGCUCUGGGGCGUCUGUGGCUGCUGCAGCUGCCGCCGCUGAGGCCGUGGUUGCCAGUAUGGUAGCAUCUACUGAGGUGGUUGUUGUUCCUCCCCCACCACCAGUAGUUGAGGUUCCACUACGCAAAGCCAAGACCAAGGAAGGAAAAGGACCCAACGCCAGGAAAAAACCAAAGGUUAUUCGUCCGCCAGAAAAUAAAAAGACCAAAGCCAAGAAGGUGGCUCCUCUGAAGAUCAAGCUUGGGGGUUUUGGUUCGAAGCGGAAGCGCUCCUCUAGUGAAGAGGAGGACCUUGACGUGGACUCAGACUAUGAUGAGGGCAGCAUGAACAGCAUGUCUGUAUCUGACGGAUCCACCAGCAAGAGUAGCCGAAGUCGCAAGAAACUUAAAGCCAGCAAGAAGAAGAAGAAAGAGGAUGAAACAGCAGGUGGCGUUGAUGGCUAUGAAACGGACCACCAGGACUACUGUGAAGUUUGCCAGCAAGGAGGGGAGAUCAUCCUGUGUGAUACCUGUCCUCGAGCAUACCACAUGGUUUGCCUGGACCCAGAUAUGGACAAGGCACCCGAGGGCAAAUGGAGCUGCCCACAUUGUGAAAAGGAGGGAGUACAAUGGGAAGCUAAGGAAGAUAACUCCGAGUGUGAUGAUGAUUUGGAUGAGACUGUAGGUGACCCUGAGGAGGAGGAUCACCACAUGGAGUUCUGUCGUGUUUGUAAGGAUGGAGGUGAACUGCUGUGCUGUGACGCCUGUCCUUCCUCUUAUCACAUUCACUGUCUGAACCCGCCACUGCCAGAGAUACCCAAUGGAGAAUGGUUGUGCCCAAGAUGCACGUGUCCAGCCUUGAAGGGUAAAAUCCAGAAAAUCCUGACAUGGAAGUGGGGGCAGCCGCCGCCUCCCACCCCUGUGCCCAAAUCAACAGAUGCCAAUCUUGAUGCUCCCCCUCCCAAACCUUUGGAGGGCAGACCAGAGCGGGAGUUCUUCGUCAAGUGGCAGGGCAUGUCCUAUCUACAUUGCUCUUGGGUGACAGAACUGCAGUUGGAGCUGCACUGUCAGGUCAUGUUUAGGAACUACCAGCGAAAGAACGACAUGGACGAUCCUCCAGCCGGCGAUUAUGGAGUAGAUGAAGAGGAGAAGAGCCGCAAAAGGAAGAACAAAGAUCCAAAAUAUCUAGAAUUGGAAGAGAAAUUUUUCCGCUAUGGUAUCAAGCCUGAGUGGAUAAUGAUUCACAGAGUACUAAACCACAGUGUGGACAAGAAAGGUAAUGUCCAUUACUUGAUCAAGUGGCGAGAUCUUCCAUACGACCAGGCAUCUUGGGAGUUAGAAGAUGCAGAUGUUCAGGACUACGACAUAUACAAACAGGCGUACUGGAACCACAGAGAACUAAUGUGUGGUGACGAAGGACGACCUGGCAAAAAAAUGAAGAAAGUUAAACUCAGAAAGAUCGAGCGACCUCCAGACACCCCGACUGUGGACCCCACAGUGAAAUACGACCGCCAGCCAGACUACUUGGAUUCUACUGGAGGAACCUUGCACCCCUACCAGCUGGAAGGAUUGAACUGGCUGCGUUUCUCAUGGGCACAGGGCACGGAUACCAUUCUUGCCGAUGAAAUGGGUUUGGGCAAAACUGUGCAGACUGCAGUAUUCUUGUACUCUCUUUAUAAAGAGGGUCACUCCAAAGGUCCCUUCCUGGUCAGUGCUCCCCUGUCUACCAUCAUCAACUGGGAGCGUGAAUUUGAGAUGUGGGCUCCUGACAUUUACGUUGUCACUUAUGUUGGGGACAAGGACAGCCGAGCCGUCAUUCGUGAGAACGAGUUCUCGUUUGAAGACAAUGCAAUCAGAGGGGGCAAGAAAGCCUCGCGGAUGAAGAAAGAGGCCUCAGUAAAAUUCCAUGUACUGUUGACAUCAUAUGAGCUGAUUACCAUAGACAUGGCUAUCUUGGGAUCAAUAGAUUGGGCUUGUCUUGUGGUGGAUGAAGCUCAUCGUCUGAAAAAUAACCAGUCCAAGUUUUUCAGAGUUCUGAAUGGCUAUAGUCUUCAGCAUAAACUACUUCUCACAGGAACCCCUCUGCAGAACAAUCUGGAGGAAUUGUUUCAUUUGCUCAAUUUCUUGACUCCAGAGCGUUUCAACAACUUGGAAGGCUUCUUGGAGGAAUUUGCAGAUAUUGCCAAGGAAGAUCAAAUUAAGAAACUUCAUGACAUGCUGGGUCCUCACAUGUUGAGGAGAUUGAAGGCCGACGUGUUCAAGAAUAUGCCCUCUAAGACCGAACUCAUCGUGCGUGUGGAGCUCAGCCCUAUGCAGAAGAAAUACUACAAGUUCAUCCUUACUAGAAACUUUGAGGCUCUGAAUGCUCGAGGAGGUGGUAACCAAGUGUCUCUGCUGAACGUGGUGAUGGAUCUGAAGAAAUGCUGCAACCAUCCAUACCUCUUCCCAGUGGCUGCUAUGGAAGCUCCCAAGAUGCCUAAUGGAAUGUAUGAUGGCAGUGCUCUUAUCAAAGGAGCCGGAAAGCUUCUGCUGCUACAAAAGAUGUUGAGAAAUUUGAAGGAUAAUGGACACAGAGUGCUGAUCUUUUCCCAGAUGACCAAGAUGUUGGACUUGCUGGAAGACUUCCUGGAGCACGAGGGGUAUAAAUACGAGAGAAUAGAUGGUGGAAUUACUGGAAACAUGCGUCAGGAGGCCAUUGAUCGCUUUAAUGCUCCUGGAGCUCAGCAGUUUUGUUUCCUACUUUCCACCCGUGCUGGAGGUCUGGGAAUUAAUCUCGCUACAGCCGAUACUGUAAUCAUCUAUGACUCGGAUUGGAAUCCUCACAAUGAUAUUCAGGCUUUCAGCAGAGCUCACCGUAUCGGACAGAAUAAAAAGGUCAUGAUCUACCGGUUCGUCACUCGUGCCUCCGUAGAAGAGAGGAUUACUCAGGUAGCAAAGAAGAAGAUGAUGCUGACCCACUUGGUUGUAAGGCCGGGUCUCGGCUCCAAAACUGGGUCAAUGUCCAAGCAGGAGUUGGACGAUAUCCUGAAGUUUGGUACUGAGGAGCUCUUUAAAGAUGAAGCAACAGAAGGCGUAGGUGAAAACAAGGAGGGUGAAGACAUCAGUGUUAUUCACUAUGAUGACAGAGCCAUUGAUAAACUACUGGACAGGAACCAAGAUCAGAUAGAGGACACCGAGAUCCAAGGAAUGAACGAAUAUCUGAGCUCGUUUAAGGUGGCUCAGUAUGUCGUCAGAGAAGAGGAAAUGGUAGAUGAAGAGGAGGUUGUCCGUGAGAUCAUCAAGCAGGAGGAGAGCGUGGAUCCAGACUAUUGGGAGAAACUUCUCCGGCAUCACUAUGAGCAGCAGCAGGAGGACUUGGCACGAAAUCUGGGCAAAGGAAAGCGAAUCCGAAAACAAGUCAAUUAUAAUGAUGGCAGCCAAGAGGACAGAGAUUGGCAGGAUGAUCAGUCUGAUAACCAGUCUGAUUAUUCUGUGGCUUCAGAAGAAGGCGAUGAAGACUUUGAUGAGCGAUCAGAGGCAGCUCGUCGACCCAACAGGAAAGGCUUAAGAAAUGACAAGGACAAACCACUCCCUCCGCUACUGGCUCGCGUGGGAGGCAAUAUCGAAGUAUUGGGAUUCAAUGCCAGACAGAGAAAGGCCUUCUUGAAUGCCAUUAUGCGCUAUGGAAUGCCCCCUCAGGAUGCCUUUACCACCCAGUGGCUUGUGAGAGAUCUGCGUGGAAAAUCAGAGAAGGAGUUCAAGGCCUAUGUGUCGUUGUUCAUGCGUCAUCUCUGUGAACCUGGAGCAGACGGGGCUGAGACCUUUGCAGAUGGAGUCCCAAGAGAAGGGCUAUCCCGCCAACAUGUGUUAACCAGGAUUGGCGUUAUGUCGCUCAUUCGUAAGAAGGUUCAAGAGUUCGAGCACGUGAACGGGCGCUGGAGUAUGCCGGAACUGGCGGAGGCAGAGGAGAACAAGAAGAAUUCCCCUGUCGAUUCUCCAUCACCCAAAACGCCCACUCCAUCUACCCCCGGGGAUACACAGCCCAAUACGCCAGCUCCUACCCCUGCAACUGGUGAGCUAUAUUGGUGA